GGAAAAUAAAUAUUUUCAAUAUUCGUGUUUGCUCUGGGAGAGCGUCAGUGUGUCACGUGACCUGAGGAAGGCGAGUCUCGAGACCGUAAACAACAUGGCGCGUCACGAACCUAGAGAGUCUUAAAACCUACUCAGGGAAACAGAAGCGUUUAGCAUACUGAACUCACACGUUUACAAGCUUCAAUUUUGAUAACACUGUUUGGUAGUUAUUUACCGAGGUCUGCAGGUAGAAACCAACGGAGCAGAAGAGCUGUCAAAGCGCUGUUACCAUUUAUCUGGUCUGCAGGAAGAAACCAACGGAGCAGAAGAGCUGUCAAAGCGCUGUUACCAUUUAUCUGACAAUCAGUCUAUGGGCUCUCAGUCCAGUUCUGGGAUGUCCGGUCGGGGCUCUGGCAACAACCCAGACCAGUCCGAACCAGAACCCAACCAGAAUUCCAAUCAGACGGGUCACACACAGGGCGAGAGGCAGUCAGGAUCUGAAGAGAACGUUGACUUGGCACAAGUUCUGGCGUACCUACUGCGGAGGGGCCAGGUCCGCCUGGUCCAUGGAAGUGGAGCGACGGGCCUACAGCUCGUGCAGUCAUAUUCAGACUCAGAUGAGGACAGCGAUGGGGCCUGGGAUGGGCGGCUAGGACAUCGAUAUGACCCUCCAGUGGAUGCCCAACCAGACACACAGGAAGUUGACCGCAGUGAGAUCCACACACAGAUCCUGCUUGCCACUGCAUCCUCAGACUUAAAGGGCAGACACAGUUUCACACAAAUGCUGGCAGAGCGGGAACAGGGACGGUGUCGUGGGUCAAGUUUCUCUCAUGGAGAGUGCAGCCGAAUCCGUUCACAUUUUCUGCCUAAUCAUGUGGUAUACAAGGACACUUACCAGCAGAAAGUCUUUUGUGGAGUCUACAGUGAUGAGGGAAACAUGUUCCUGUCUGCAUGCCAAGAUCAGAAUAUCAGGUUAUAUGACACCAGUAGGGGCCGUUUUACUCUAAAGAAGACAGUGAAGGCCAGAGACGUUGGCUGGAGCAUUCUGGAUGUGUGUUUCACCCCUGAUGCACGUUGUGUGCUGUACUCCAGUUGGUCUGACUACAUCCAUGUGUGCAGUGUAGAUGGGGACAAUGAAACACACACCGCUCUGGACCUCAAUCCUGAUGAAAGGAGGUUCUGUGUUUUCUCUCUAGCAGCAUCCACAGAUGGAAAAGAAAUUUUAGGCGGUGCAAACGAUGGCUGCCUGUAUGUGUUUGAUCGUGAACAAAACAAGAGAACACUAAAGGUAUGAUUCACACGUUAGUAAUGUAAUAGAAUGGCUUACU